CUUGCGAAAUCGAAAUAAUUACCGUUGUCAGUCCGAUAGAGAGUGUGUGAGAGAGAGAGAGAGAGAGAGAGAGAAUGAGAGAGAGAGAACGAAUAAUAAUAAUAAUGAAAAAAAUCCAGCAAUUAUUAUAAUUCCGAGGACACGAGCGAAACGCGUACGCAACGGCCGCGGUGUGUAGAUGUCUCUAGGACACUAUUGUGUAUUAAUUACUGGGUCAUUGACAACGCACGCCGAGGAUACCUGCAAUGUCAGGACUGGACUACGGGUCCGGCCGCGGUCUCGGGCUAAGGACGGCGGCGUUCACCGGGAACCGCGAGCGCGUCACGUUCGAUUUCGGCGUGUGCACUUACUGUCGGGACGGGACUCGACGCGGUGCUCGUCGUCGCGCGAGACGGGGAUCCGGUGUUGCGAAAAACCGACGGGUAUUUCGCAACGAAUCCGAGGUAGAUUCGCGCGGACCGAAUGCCAAAUAAAUACAACAGCGAUAUCGUCGGUUAUCAGGCCACUCGUGCGCGCGCAAUACGUUUAUUUGUCGAGUAAGAACCAGCUCCGUUUCGGUGGGCCCGCCGCUGUUGGUCACACUCGAUCGUCCGGGCCGCGAAAUUUUAAAACAAGUCGCGGCGCAUUUAAACAUCCGACCAUCAGAUAUCAGAUAUAUGAUAAUAAGUUAAUAUUGAUAACAAAUUGUAACAAUGAUAACGAUCAUGGUAGCAUAAAACUUUUGCAUUGAAAUUUGAACGUUAAAUUAUCGUAUAAUAGUAUAAUUAUAAUGAAUUUGCGAAGAACUAAUAACUAUGACGUUGUUGACAUGUUUUAAAAUUUCGCGUCCGGGCCCGGUUAUCAGCACGAUUCGACGACAACAUGGAAGAUAAGCGAUCGCCGCCGAGGUGUGAUACGCCUCCUUGGCACGGAACACGACUCGUCCGACGACGUGAUAAGGGAAAAGUCGAAGGGAUCCGUGGACAGCUGUAUCGUAAUCGAUCGUUACUACUACGUUUCGUAAUAAUUCGCAAUAACCGCUUGCAUUGUUGCACCGCGUUUCGACGACCGAACGACGUUCCGGAACGGAUAGAUAAAUAUUCCGCCGGCCGCCAGCCGUUCCGCGUGAUCGCGCAGCCUCGUCCGGGGUUCGCACCGACGUUCACACCGCCGCGGCCAUGGAAGAUACAAUAUUUCAAUUGUUUAUUGUUGGAAUUUUAUGGGGUGGUACAAAUCCAUUUCUGAAAGCUGCAACUAAUAAAGUAAAAAGAAAUAAAGGAUUGAACUUUAUUUCUGAAGUCACUGAUCACUUAACUAAUUGGAAUUAUUUGGUACCAUUUAUCAUCAACCAGUGUGGAUCUUUGUUAUUCUAUUUUACUCUCAAAUAUUCAGAUAUAUCUUUGGCUGUUCCUAUUGCAAAUGGAGUAUCGUUUGUUAGUACAUCAAUUGUAGGCACUUUAAUUGGAGAGGAAAAGCCAAAAUUUCGAACAAUGAUGGGAAUAUUAUUUCUACUAUUUGGUAUAUUUUGCUUAGUCAUAGAUAAGGAAACAUGAAAAUCAUUAAAUAUCAUGUAUAUGUAUUUAUAAAUAUAUA